UAAAAGAUAAUCUAUCGAAACCGGAAAGCUUGUGCUUCGACUGAUUUCUGUUCACGAUGUUCUUCACAGAAGCAAGAAAUCCAUGUCUGAUCCCUCGCGAGAUCUGCAGCGUCUUGCACUCGAGAUCAAAGGUGCGAACGCCGACCCAGCAGACCGAUUCACGCGAUGGGCCGUUCUGCUGCGGGCGUUCGCGGCGUGGAAGGCUCGCAAUUGGGACUAUUUCGAGUAUCCACCGCUUGAUCUGCGCAGUUUGACAAAGUCUGGACCGCGUGGGGUGGCUACGAAUCUGAAAGGGAACGGCAGACAGGCGGAGUAUGAGCUUUGUCUUUUGCUUGAUUUACUUCCCAAGCCUGCUGCUGCGGACGGCGACGACGACAGCGGCAUGGAUGACGAGAGCAGGUUUAUGAGAACUCUGACAUAUAUCCUGCGUGCGGAAUGCUGCUUUGAUCGGGAUAAGCCUGUGAUGGCAAUGCGGGACGUCGAGUCUGCUACGCUGCUGCUGCUGGCUACUGAGCUUGAAUUAGAGCUCACGGCGCAUGACUCGGUUCUGCUGUCCCUGCAGCGGGCAGUUUUGGAUAAUUUACACCCUCUGGGGAGAUGCACUGUGGACAAUCAAGCAAUUGCGCGAGUUUUGAUCUCACCAACUUUUAUCGCGUCGUUCAAGGGCUUGCUCUUGCACUCGACAGAGGCACUUACUUCAGAGUCCGGCAGCAUGAAGUUCUACAGCAAUCAUCAAAAAUCAAUCAUGGACGAGCGACGCGCGCGGUUGAUGACGCGCUGGGGUGGCAUGCUGUUCCGGCUCAUGGUCUGCGACCCGUUCCCUGCGUCUCAGGUGGAGUAUAUUCCGUCGUCGUCAACCGAAAAGGAGAGAGCUGCGGUGACGGUACAUCUAGCGAUCGUCAACGAGAUGAACCUGUUCCCGCGGGAUCUGAUUCCGCCGGGAAUGCAGUUGCGAGUGAGCGUUGCGGUUUUGGACGGACAGCGCGAGAUGAGGUUGAGCGAGCGAUUUUUAGCGCAUGAGGUUAAGAUCAGUUCUGAAUUGUUGGAUUUUUAUUACCCUGGUUUGUCGUUUAAUGGCUUUUAUGGCAGUAGUAAAGGUGCCGCGUCCUUCUGUUUGGUGGAAAAGAACGCCGACGGAAGGCAGGAAGACAAGGAAGUAGAGGAGGUGUAUCUACAAUUCUCGCUUGCGAAUAUUGAUUCUGAGGCGCCUGAAUUGCUCGUCGUGCCAUUGAUUCUUGGGCCUUUCCAGGUCUCAAGCUGUCUAAGUGCGCAGACUGAAUCUCAGCAGCUGUCUGCUAUGCGGCCGAUCUACAUCUCAGAGACGGAAUUUGUGCCAGUCAAAGAGUCGGUGUCCGAUAUUCCUGGGAAAGUGUGGGACUCGGCGUUCUUUGUCUCUUCUGCAGUCUACGAGCACUACUGCACUCUUAAACAGCAACAGGACAGAAGACGGCCGAUCAGUAUCCUCGACCUGUCAACCGGCAACGGCGCGGUCGGAUUAUCGACACUGACGAGAAUACUACGACAGAAAACCAGCACCAAAGACGACGAUAUCCCGCGUCUGACACUGACCGACCUCGACGAGGCACUGCCGCUGAUUCGUGAGAAUACAAUGGUUGCCGCCGGCUUGAAUCCGCAGCAGCGCGAAUUUGAGAAAUACGUUGAUAUCAGGGAGUAUACAUGGGGAGCGAAGAGCGAGGCGCUUGCUUUUGCGCCGUUUGAUGUUGUUCUUGCCUGUGAUUUGAUUUACGAGAAUGAAUUCUUCGCCGACCUGGUAACCUCCCUCGAACAACUCUGUACACCCGGCCUCACGACGAUAUUCGUCGGGUACAAGGACCGCGGGCUAACCGCGAACGAAAAAGACGAGAUCUUUGGAGUUUUGCAAACAAAGUUCUUGACCGAGCGGGUUACUCUAAAGUCGGUGGUCGCGCCCGGGUUUGGCGCGGUUUCGAAUGAUGAUGUAGGCGUUGAAGUGUGGAAGCUUUGGCGGGUGUAA